AUUAAAAUGUGGUGUGAGUGAUAUUGAAUAGGGAGGUUUGAAGGGCUGGAAAUGACACACUGCUGAAACAAUAACGACGCACAUUUAAAGAAUUCAACCCAUGUGACGCUUUGACAUGAAACACUUCUUGAACUGAAAGAAUUUCUGUUUAAAUUCCAGAAAAAAUUCCAAACGAGGUCUCAGAGAAAUGAAUCAGGGCAGGAAAUGACUGAAUCAGAGAUUGAUUGAUAUUUGGAAAUUCACAGAUUCAUGGACAUUGAAUAGAAAAAUAAAACGUUUCCAGGUUAAAGGUUCACAAGUCCAUGGUUAUGAAUUAUUAUUUUCUUUUUAAAGUGAACUAGUCUCCUUCAAACGUACCGGUGGAGGCCGGUGGUUUGGUGGGAGACGGAGCGCCGCUGGGAUCUGCAGCCGUCCUUCCCCUCUGGAUGCGACUCGCCGCCACUCUGACUGCUGCUGAGGAGAGAGAACAACUGGAGCGCUUCAAACGGGCUUCACAGGGGAUUCCAGCUGUGUGGGACCUUCGUUUGGACUGACAGGCCGUUGGAGGACGAGGAUUUAUGUACUUUGAUCGCUGACUCGCAGAGCUCAGCUUUCCGAUGUGGCCGUCAGAUGAAGCCGUUGACUUCCACUCCAACAUACCGGUGCCGGUGGACGUAACGGUGGCUGUGGUCUACUCUCUCUUUGGAGUCUGUUCUCUGGUUGGCAACAGCACGCUGCUGUACGUCUCGUACAAGAAGAGGCGCCUCCUGAAGCCCGCCGAGUUCUUCAUCAUCAACCUGGCCGUCAGUGACCUGGGCCUGACCCUGUCGCUGUACCCCAUGGCGAUAACUUCCAGCUUCUAUCACAGGUGGCUGUUUGGGAAGACCGUGUGCUCCGUAUACGCUUUUUGCGGCAUGUUGUUUGGCAUCUGCAGCCUCACCACUCUCACGCUGCUGAGCACGGUGUGCUUUGUGAAAGUAUGCUACCCGCUCUAUGGGAACAGGUUUAACUGGGCUCACGGCCGCCUGCUGGUUGGCUGCACGUGGCUCUACGCGCUGCUGUUUGCCUGCUGCCCGCUGGCCCACUGGGGGAAAUACGGACCGGAGCCGUACGGCACUGCCUGUUGCAUCGACUGGCGCCUUUCCAAUCAGCACCCUGCGGCCCGCUCCUACACCGUGGCGCUGUUCAUCUUGUGCUACAUCGUUCCGUGCUGUGUGAUUGUUGCUUCGUACGCGAGCAUUCUGGUCGCGGUGCGCGCAUCCCGCAGGAACAUGGAGCGCCACGUGUCGAGGCACACGCACAUGAGCAGCCUGCAGACUAUUAUUGUGAAGCUGAGCGUUGCUGUCUGCAUCAGUUUCUUUGCCGCAUGGAGCCCCUACGCCGCGGUGUCGAUGUGGGCGGCCUUCGGACACAUCGAGAACAUCCCUCCUCUGGCGUUCGCCUUGCCGGCCAUGUUCGCCAAGUCCUCCACCAUCUACAACCCAAUCAUCUACCUGAUGCUGAGGCCGAAUGUCCGCAGGGUGCUGUGCAGGGACCUGGCUGCUCUGUGCAACGCCUUUCUGAAGGACUGCCUCUGCCAUCGGUGCUGCUCCAAGACCGAGAUCAGUGCCGGACUUCCCUCGGUCAGCAGAAAGGACGACAGAAUCCCUCCGUCCGACGCCUGCGCUCGGCCUCCCGCGGCAGCGUUACACGGCUGUGAGAGGCGCAUGGACGCGUUUGAAUGCUUCAGACACUACCCCCAAAAGUGCAGCGUCGCUAACUUUGCUGCCCCGUGUGAGGACCAAGACGCCCCACUUCCCCCAACACAUAAGCAGAAGACUCCAGGCGUGUGCCACAGGACGUCUCUGCUGGCCGUCAUGUGUGCCAAAAGGACUUCGGAAAUAGACAACUUCCAAAUUAAUUUAGAGAUGGUUCCGGGACACGCAAAAGUGGCUUGGCCCUGAUGUUUGACCUUAAUCCGAGAUGUUCACAGAUGAUCUCUUGUGUUCUUUCGGGGAAUCUAUUUAGCAAUGCUUCUUCAGGGUUUUGGCAGAAGCAAAGAAACGUAUUUACCUUUUGUCCCCCGCUGCACUUUUUUUAUUUAAAUACAGACAGCUACAAUUUAAGAAGAAUUCAAUCCCCGAGUCUGGACUUUAGCUCUUCCAGCAACUUCAUUUUCUAUUAUUACCCGAUGUUUUACCUUAACACAUCUGGAUUUAAGGAAGUGCUUAUAAUUUACUACACGUUUAACCACAGGCACUUUAAAUCCCCUAAAAACUUGAUUUCAAAAGUAUUUCUCCACGUCCUGAAUGUUAACGAAUCUAGAAGCAACGAUGUGCUCAUCGUGUUCCAACUCACCAACUGGCUGCUAGCAUCGCCUUAAUGAAGCCGAGGGGAAGCUGACUGGGAACAGUGGGAGCAUGAGUCACUGUCUUCUGGUUGUGCAGCAGCAGCAUGCGUGUGUGUGUGUGUGUGUGUGUGUGUGGUCUCAUUAGAACAGCUGUUACAUGACGGGUAUGUGGUUCAUGAUGCUCGAUCAAUUAUCGGUGUGCACACAACGCUGCUGCAUAUUAUUGUUAAUACACUGCACGAUAUGAGUGUGUCGAACUGUUUGCAUUCUGUAUGUGUGGCAGUGUUUGUGUCUUUAGUUUGUCUGCCAAACCAUAUUGUACAUUUUCAUGUCACUACGAUGCAGAGAAAGGGAACAAAGACACAUCACACCAUCGGUCCAGUCUAAAUAUGCAGCUGUAGAUAAAUCCAUCAGAGGAGAAUCAAGUUCCGUGUAACCUGUAAUUGCUGUGCUGUGAUUCCAUUGUGUGGAUUAAACGUGAUUGUGUUGGGAUUCAGGCCUCUGGACCAGAA